AUGGCGCUACCGGCUUCGACCACGUCCCCAGCAGCGUCCACGUCUUCGCGCGCCAUCGUGUCCACCGCGGCAUUAGAGGCCGCGGGCGGUGGAGCCUUCGAGGUGGAUGGAUGGGCCGAAGUACCAGAUUUCUUCUUGGGCACCAUGGUCAACGGCGCCGUCGAGGAUGAAGAUGGCGAUGAAGAUGACACGACACAAACCCUAAUUUUUAGGAGGUGUCCCAUCCAUCCCCCAAGCCGCCGCCACUCCUCCUGUCUCUUCCUCCUCGGUUUCAUCCCCGAUCCAAAUCCCCUCCUCGCUUUCAUCACCACACCAACCCGAGCCAGCCACCUCUCCUUCCACUUAGCCUCUCCAUCGGGAUCCAUCCCGUCCAACCAACGAGCCCCCUCCUCCUGCUUUGUUCCCCGAAGGGAUCGAGAGAGUUGCCGCCGCCUUGUCACCUCCCGUGCCUAUCGACCCCCGCCUCCUCUGCACGCAUCUCGCCGGAGCAAGCUCACCCCGAUCCAGUCGCUGCCGGUGAACAGCGGCAGCAACCGAGGCCCGCUGCGUUUCCCCGCUAUUUCCUUCUCGUCCUGCCCCUUCCCCCUGUCUCUCCCUCACAUCUCUCUCUCUGCAGGAGACUGCUGUCGCGCCCUCUGCCAUGGAGCUCGCCUCCAUCGUCAGCACCGCCCGAGGGCUGCGCCGUCCCCGACCUCCUCGCGGCCCACCUCACCUCAUCAUCCUUGUCUCCUCGCGACCGCGAGCCUAUCCUCAUACGCGCCUCCUCUGGUUCCCGAGGCCGAGUCGCCCCGUGCCUGCAACCCCGCGUUGACCCCCUGCCUCAUCUGCGUCGUCGGAGCACCGAGGAGUUUGUGCCCUCCAUUCCCGCGUCCCGCUCGUCCCAGAGUUCCCUGCUUCGCCAAGACCUCCGCCGCCGCUUCGCUCGAGCAACCGCAGCCUCGGGAGGAGCCCGAGAGCCUCCUCCUGCUCGACCCUGCUGCCUCGCUACGGACCUCUUCCAGCGUGGACCUCGCCGGAGCUCCGCAAGUCGCCGUGCGCCCCUGCUCCUCCUUCCCUUUCCCUCUCUUCCUCCCUGACUUUUUCUCGUGCCCAUGUCCUGCAGGAGCUCAUCGCGCGCCGACCAUUCCGAGCUCCAAUCCGCGAAUCCCCUUGCCGGAAUUGAACCCAGGCACCUCCCCGCGCUCAGUUCCGCCGUCCUCGACCGGUUCCUGCUCGCCCUCGCCCGCACAAGUCCCUCGUCGCGCCGCCGUCGUCGAGUACCUGUCGUGGCUCUACUUUCUGACGAGAACAUGGCGAGGUGCCCGCUUGCCCGCUCGCCUGUUCCUUCCCCGUUGACUUUUCAUCGAUGGAUUGCAGCGCCCAGGCCCAGCGCGCCAGCCUCCCUGGUUCACCAUCGAACUGGGCCCAAGGCCUCGAAGGCCCAUUUGUUGCUUCUUCGGGUUGGUUCUGAUGAUGUCGUGUUGUGAG